AUGUUAUUGACUGCAAAAAUACUUGUUUUUGCUGUGAAUGGAUUCCUAAGAGUGGCAACAGGCUUGGACAUUGGAUUAUCCACGAAAUGUGUAGCGAUACCCAAGGAGAUGGGCAUGUGCCACCAGAUUGGAUACUCUGAAAUGAGACUUCCCAACCUGAUGGGACACACAAGCAUGGCAGAGGUUAUCCGAAAAUCCACCAUCUGGCAGCACCUUGUACACACAGACUGUCACCCUCACGUGAGGACGUUCCUGUGCUCCCUGUUUGCACCCAUCUGUUUAGAUACGUUCAUCCAGCCUUGUAGGAGUAUGUGUGCUGCUGUCCGAGAUAGCUGUGCCCCUGUGCUCCUCUGCCAUGGACAUCCCUGGCCUGCCAGCCUGGACUGCAAUCGAUUCCCUGGGGAUGAGGACGUGUGCCUGGCACCUCUUACUAAGGACUAUAAAUACCUGCAUAAAGUCCAACCAAAGCCUACCUGCCAGACCUGCCCAACAGUGGAGGAAUUCUUUACACACAAAAGAGUUCUUGAAGUUUUCUGUGACAGUAACUUUGCAGUGAAAGUAAAGCUGUCCAAGAAGAGAACUGCAUUUGAGGACCAAGAGUAUAACAUUGAAUGCCAGGUGGAAUUCAUUACCCAGGGCUCACUCUUGCCCUAUGAAACUCAGAGUAUGAUACAACAGUGGCUGCUAAUUAAUGAAAAAUGUAUAGAGAGGAUGACUCCAACCCACCGUCCCACGGUGUAUCUCCUUGUGGGGAAUAUUGAAGAGGGCAUCAUUUUAGUAAAACAGGUUUAUCGCUGGCAGAGGAAGGACUCCCAGCUGACUUUGGCCACUCAGAAGUGGAGAUACCAUAAAUGCUUGUAA